UGUCGCUGGCCUAGCAAACCCGUGUGUUCCAGAGACACCUCAGUACCAUGAGUGGGUGCCCAUUUUUAGGAAACACUGUGGGAUAUUCUUUGAAGAAAUUAUCUGUAAAUGACAGCGAAGAAGACAAUGCUCAAAUUGGUGUAAACAGAGCCAGCAAAGGUGGACUUAUCUAUGGGAACUACUUGCAGUUGGAAAAAGUUUUGAAUGCACAAGAACUUCAAAGUGAGAUAAAAGGAAAUAAAAUUCAUGAUGAACACCUGUUUAUUAUAACCCAUCAAGCGUAUGAACUCUGGUUUAAACAAAUCCUAUGGGAACUAGACUCUGUUCGUGAGAUUUUUCAAAAUGGCCAUGUCAGGGAUGAGAGGAAUAUGCUGAAGGUGAUGACUCGGAUGCAUCGUGUGGUGGUCAUCUUCAAGCUCCUGGUGCAGCAGUUCUCUGUGCUGGAAACAAUGACUGCCUUGGAUUUCAAUGACUUCAGAGAGUACCUAUCUCCAGCAUCAGGCUUCCAGAGUUUACAGUUCAGACUGCUAGAAAAUAAGAUAGGUGUUCUUCAGAGCCUGAGAGUCCCUUACAACAGGAGACACUAUCGCAAUAACUUCAGAGAUGAGGACAGUGACCUGCUGCUGAGAUCUGAGCAGGAGCAGACCCUGCUGCAACUGGUGGAGGCAUGGCUGGAAAGGACACCUGGUUUAGAGCCACAUGGAUUUAACUUCUGGGGGAAGUUUGAAGAAAAUAUACUGAAAGGACUGGAAGAGGAAUUCCUAAGGAUUCAGGCUAAGGAAGAGUCUGAAGAGAAAGAGGAACAGAUGGCUGAGUACCGGAAGCAGAAGGAGGUGUUACUAUGCUUGUUUGAUGAAAAGCACCAUGAACAUCUCCUAAGUAAAGGUGAACGAAGACUGUCAUACCGUGCACUCCAGGGAGCACUGAUGAUAUAUUUCUACAGGGAGGAGCCUCGAUUCCAGGUCCCUUUCCAGUUGCUGACCUCGCUUAUGGAUAUAGACACACUCAUGACCAAAUGGAGAUAUAAUCAUGUGUGCAUGGUGCACAGGAUGCUGGGCACCAAGACUGGCACUGGGGGAUCCUCGGGCUAUCAGUACCUACGCUCAACUGUGAGUGACAGGUACAAAGUGUUUGUGGAUUUAUUUAACCUCUCAACAUACCUGGUUCCCCGACACUGGAUACCAAAGAUGAAUCCAAUCAUUCACAAAUUCCUUUACACAGCUGAGUACUGUGACAGCUCUUACUUCAGCAGUGAUGAAUCGGAUUAAGUUCUUCUGAACAUUUGGGAACCCUACAGUGUUCUUAGUCUGUCUUUUAAUUUAUAAGUUUUUAUGAAUGCAUGUUUUGAGUAAUGUAUUUAUACAUGUAGCUCAGUGAUGUGGUGUUCUGGUGCAAUCUCAGAAACAAUUUUAUAAUUUUGUGUAUUGUGAUGAUGUAAAAUUAAGUACUAUGAUGAGAAAUAAUUCAAUAAAAUAUUAGCAUCAUAAUAUAUAAAAUGUAUUCCUGUUAAAAAUCAAUUUACCCUGAUACUUACCUCAUAGAGCCACUUUAUAUAAUUAUUACCUCACUGUGUCAUGCUUUAUAAAGCUUAUUGAGCACUUAGUUUAUAUUAUAUGUGCAAUAAAUACUAUCAUUCCAUCUAAAAUUUAUUCAAAUAAAACUUCAAAUAAUAUA